AUGGAGCAGUGGACUUGCAGUGGAUGUGGUAUUGAACUGCAAUAUAAGGAGCCCAAACAGGUCGGGUACUUCCCCAAGCAGCUGCUGAACAAUGUUCACGACCUAAAGGAGCUCAAGCGACUGCGCUGCGAGCGCUGCUUCCAGAUGACACAAUACGGUAAGAUCUCAGACACUAAGAUGCCGUACCAGGAGUACGAGCGGCGUGUCAUGGAGCUGCGCAGUAAGGACAUGCUUAUGAUCCAGCUGGUGGACAUCCUCGACAUCUCCGGCAGUCUGUUGCCCAAGGCGCGUCAUAUCUUCGGCAAGAAGCCGGUCAUGCUUGUGGUUAACAAAGGAGACCUGGUGCCUACCAAGUCGGGUAUUCGGAGACUUAUGCGGCGUAUUAAGCAAGAGGCAAAGGAAGCGGGGGUUGACAAUUUGAUCUCAAUCUACUUGAUCAGUGCCAUGAAGCGCAUUGGCAUGAAGGAAAUCGUCGAAGAUGUAGCCAAGUACCGUCAAAACCGCGAUAUUUGCGUUGUGGGCGCUGCUAACGUGGGCAAGUCGACGUUCCUCAACUCGUUCCUGUCGCACUUAGUAGACCGUAAAUGGCAGCACAAUCAUCGCAAGUACAUGAAGAUGUCGGAGGUGCAAUUGUCCGAGCUGGAAGACGACGAGACGGCGACGAUGCUGAACAUCGACGACGAACUGUUGGCUGAGGCCAAGGCAGAGCAGGACAAAGAAGCAACAACGGAAGGUGAACAGACCAUUAAGACUCCACACGGAGAGUUGUAUGUCGCUCUAGGUGAAGACCCGGAAAUGAUCGAGACGAGUUCUGACGAAGACCGAGAGAUGACCACGUCGCCACUGCCCGGUACGACCCUGGCCGUCCAGUAUCUGCCUGUUAUGGUACGUAACGAGGUCUUCAACAUCCUCGACACUCCUGGUUUGAUCACCGAUUCCAAGAGACAGAAGCUUGUGGAAGUACUCGCUCUGGACGGUGCUGCCAAGCUCAAGAACGUCUUCCCCAGCAAGCAGCUUCCGGUUACAACUUACCGCGUUCGUCCCGGUCGAAGUUUAUUCCUCGGAGCUCUCGCACGCUUCGACUACGAGACUCUGGGGAAGGACAACGACAAGAAUUUCUUGCUCUUAUCAUGGUACGGCGUGCUACCUGGACACCUAACGAACACUGAACGUGCCGAAGACACCUUUGUGAAACAUGCCGGUGGUAUCCUCUCACCACCUCGUGGACUGGAUGCCAUGAGCUUUACGGGUCCGCCUACGCUUUCGCAGAAUGUGUACUUGAAGGACUACAUCCUCGAUAGUGCACUGACGAAGUCCAAGCACAAGAAACCCAAGAGAACGACUGUAGUGGAGUUAGAGGUGCCAGGCUUCGGGUGGCUCUCCGUCACAGCCGUUGACCUGGACGGCACGGCAUCGUCGCAGAAGACGCUGAACCAGGGUAAGAUUUCCGUCCACACGUGCCGUGGACUUUCCGUCGUGCCGCGUGCGCCGCUCUUCCCGUACGAACUGUCGGACUCGAAGAGUUCGACUUGGAAGCGCUAA